AUGAACGAGGCAGCAAGCCCGAUGCAUCGAUCAGAAGCGACUCAUUACGACGCGGACUCUGAGUCUGAAGCCCGAGAGGCCAAGAACCUCGCAGAGCGCCGCAACCAUAAACCCUCCCAUGUCGCGCCUUCUUCAAGUCAGCAAAGCCCCCUUUCGCAGCCCGCAAACACGAACAACAAAAAACGAACAUCCUCAGCACAGGAGGUGCCAUAUUUCGACUUGCGCAAAGAUGUGCCCUCAGGCUCGAAAGUAUAUAGUCGGAAUCAGAACCAGGUCGCGGGGCAGUAUCAGAGCUGCGCAAAUGCCGUGCGAUCAGUUUCGGCUUUCGAGGCACCGAAGGCGGUUCCGAGAGCGGACGUGCAACAGAGUAUAAGCUUUGCGUCUGAAAAUUCAGGAGCUGGGAGUUUGCUGGCGGGAUCUUCAACGUUCGAGUCUCCACUGUCAAGAAAGAAGGAGGCGCCUCAAGGUACAAUACUAGGCAACUGCUAUUGGCCAUUUAAGCGAGAACUCCAAAUCAACAAUAAACAUCUAUUUAUUAUAUUUUAA